UGGUUUUCAAACCAAAUUCAGUGUGGAAGACGGUUAGAAAUCGAUUUACUGGCAGAAGAUAUAUGAGGGCCGUGGGAGCUGGAUUAUGUGCAAUUGGGAGACGAAUAGAAUGUUUUGAUGAGAGAAUACCAUCUGAAAAACAAGCAUAUAUAAACUUUCUUAGUAGAGAGGCGAAAGGCAUAACUGAUGUUACUCAUCGUAUGGG